CUUCUGUCCCCUUAUAUAAUCUUCUCGUUGUCUGAGAGCUUCUCUUAGAGCUUCUCUUUCUCUCAUGGCUUCCUCUGCUGCUAGUUUUAACACGAGUUCUCAUAAUUCCCAAGACGAUUUCUCCUUCUCUACCCAGCUGAUGUCCUCCUCUUUCACUGAUCUUCUCUCCAGCGGCGGAGACAUGGAUCACAGUGCUCCAUUCGCUUGGGCUCUCUCCGAUCCUUUAAGUCAUACAACCGAAUUCCCUAAAUUCAAAUCUCCCCCUCCCCCUUCACUCCCCAUCUCUCCUCCUCCCGUCUCUCCUUCUUCUUACUUUGCGUUUUCAUCUGGUUUCAGCUCCACAGACCUCUUGGACUCCCCUCUGCUUCUCUCCUCUUCUAAUGUUCUUCCGUCUCCAACCACUGGGAAUUUUGCUGCUCCGGGCUUCAACUGGAGGAGUAAUUCUAACGAGCACCAGCAGGCUUUCAAUGACACAGACAGAAAAUUUUCUGAUCUCCUUUUCCAGUCCCAAACAAGGCCUUCAGGGGGAGAGGCGUUGAAAACCCAAGCACCAUGGAAUUCUGAUAAACCCGAAAAGCAAACUCAUUUCCCACAAGAGAAAACCGGAGUGAAAUCAGAAUUUGCUUCACUUCAGAGCUUGUCACCGGAAAUCGCUUCAAUCCAAACCAACAUGCAAAGCAACAAUAUUCCCCAAUCUGGCCGGAGCCAUCAUGCUCAGCCAUCUGAGUCUUACAGAGAGCAAAGGAGAUCAGACGAUGGGUAUAACUGGAGAAAGUAUGGUCAAAAACAAGUGAAGGGAAGUGAAAAUCCGCGUAGUUAUUACAAGUGCACGUUUCCAAAUUGCCCGACAAAGAAGAAGGUUGAACGAUCUUUGGAGGGUCAUAUUACAGAAAUAGUGUACAAGGGAACUCACAACCAUCCUAAGCCUCAGCCCAAGAGAUCAUCUUCUCAAUCAUUUCCUUCCGCAAGCACAAACUCGGAAAUUUCUGGGCAUUCAAUGCCAAUAGGAAACCCAUAUAUGGAUUCUAUGACAACGUCUGAGAAUUCUUCAGUCUCUAUUGGAGAGGAUGACUUUGAUCAAAACUCUCCAAUGAGUAGAUCAGGAGGAGAUGAUGAAAAUGAACGGGAGGCCAAAAGAUGGAAGGGAGAGUACGAAAAUGAGGCAAUUUCAGCUUCUGAAAGCAGAACUGUGAAAGAACCUAGAGUAGUGGUUCAAACAACAAGCGACAUUGAUAUUCUUGAUGAUGGCUAUAGAUGGAGGAAAUAUGGGCAGAAAGUAGUCAAGGGAAACCCGAAUCCAAGGAGCUACUACAAAUGUACAAGUACAGGUUGUCCAGUGAGGAAACAUGUGGAGCGAUCAUCCAAGGAUAUCAGAGCUGUGCUCACCACAUAUGAAGGGAAACACAACCAUGAUGUUCCAGCGGCACGUGGUAGUGGCAGCCAUUUUGUGACUAAACCUUUACCAAAUAAUAGCACCACAACUGUGCCUGCGCCUAUAAGGCCCUCAGUCAUGACCAACCAUUCUAACUACACUACAACUAACGCUAACCCCCAAACAAGGCCACCAACAUCAGCAAGUCAAGCACCUUUCACCCUGGAAAUGUUGCAGAGCCCGGGGAGUUUUGGAUUCUCAGGAUUUGGAAAGCCUACUGGCUCCUCCUACGGAAGUAGAAUGUCUCACCCAGAUGGGGUUUUCUCAAGAACCAAGGAAGAGCCUAAGGAUGACUUGUACCAGUCAUUUUUUUGCUGAAUUGCUCUCUUCAGAAGCAAAAGCAAAGUGGUGGGUCUGAUCAAUUAGACAUAUUUGUUGGAGUAUAGAUCUUCAUAGGUAUACAAAUUCAAGCACUAGUAUGAACAGAGCAGUUAGUUUCAUUUGUUCAAUUUGUUUUUGAGGCCCUUUCAUGCCGAGGCAACAAGGCCUUAGUAUCAUUUGUUCCUUCGUUUUUCAGGGCCUUUAAAUACCUGGCAACAAUGCCUCAUUCAAACUAUGUGAUUCAAUGUUUUAUCAAGGUUUAACUUUUUCA